UAUAAGCUCUUUUCACAGUGAUGUUUUACUUUUUAUUAGCUGUUUGUGAUAUAGGAUCUGCUUCUUUUAAAUAUGACAUGAGAAGACUAAGUGAGAUUUUAGCUUUUCCAAGAGCCUGGUACAGGAGGAGUAUUGCAAGACGCCUCUUUUUAGGCGACCAAACAAUAAAUUUGCCAGUAGCAUCUGGCCCUGGAACACCGGAUUCUAUUGAAGGGGUGAACCAGCACCUGUCUCCUGAAUCAUCACGAAAAGCAUACUGUAGAACCUGGGAACAGCCAAGCCAGUCUGCUUCGUUUACACACAUGGCUCAAUCACCUAACGUUUUCAAUGAGCAUAACACUAGUAGCAAUAUGUCACCUGGAACAGCAGCUCAUAACCUAAAAUCGCCUGCUGUUUCUAGAUCCCGGAGUGUGUCAGACUCCUCUGUUCCACAAAGAGAUAUACUCUCAAAAACAUCAACUCCAUUUAAUAAAUCAAACAAGGCUGGAAGUCAGCAGGUGACACCAUGGGAAACACUGGUUGUAUUUGCUAUGAAUUUGAAGCAACUAAAUGUCCAAAUGAACAUGAGUAAUGUAAUGGGAAACACUACGUGGACUACUAGUGGUUUGAAAAGCCAGGGUCGUUUAUCUGUGGGCAGUAAUAGGGAUCGGGAAAUCAGCAUGUCAGUCGGUCUUGGGCGGUCCCAUUUGGAUUCUAGAGGAGGAGUGGUUGGAGGUACCAUAGAUGUUAAUGCCUUGGAGAUGGUGGCUCAUAUUUCAGAACAUCCCAAUCAGCAGCCAAGUCACAAAAUUCAGAUUACAAUGGGAUCUACUGAAGCACGUGUUGAUUACAUGGGAUCCAGUAUCUUAAUGGGCAUUUUCAGUAAUGCAGACCUUAAGCUACAGGAUGAAUGGAAAGUUAACCUCUGCAAUACUUUGGAUCCCAGCAUUACGGAUAAAAGUGAGAUAUUUGUCCAUGGUGAUUUGAAGUGGGAUAUUUUUCAAGUUAUGAUUUCAAGAUCUACCACGCCAGACCUCAUCAAAAUAGGAAUGAAGCUUCAGGAAUUCUUUACUCAGCAGUUUGAUACCAGCAAGAGAGCUUUGUCCACAUGGGGACCUGUUCCUUAUCUUCCUCCAAAGACUGUGGUCAAUACUGUAGAAAAAAGCUCACAUCAACAAUUACUGGAUGCAGCACAUCAUCGCCACUGGCCAGGGGUUUUAAAAGUGGUUUCCGGGUGCCACAUAUCCUUAUUUCAGAUUCCUUUACCAGAAGAUGGGAUGCAGUUUGGAGGCUCUAUGAGCUUGCACGGAAAUCACAUGACAUUGGCAUGCUUCCAUGGACCUAAUUUCCGUUCAAAGUCAUGGGCUCUGUUUCAUCUUGAAGAACCUAACAUUGCCUUUUGGACAGAAGCACAAAAAAUCUGGCAAGAAGGUUCUAGUGAGCACUCUACCUAUGUUGUACAAACACUAGACUUCCAUUUGGGUCACAACACUAUGGUGACAAAACCAUGUGGGGCCCUAGAAAGUCCAAUGGCAACCAUCACUAAAAUAACAAGGAGGCGUCAUGAAAACCCGCCACAUGGAGUUGCAAGUGUGAAAGAGUGGUUCAAUUAUGUUACAGCUACAAGAAAUGAAGAGUUAAACCUUCUCCGAAAUGUUGAUGCAAAUAACCUAGAGAAUAGCACAACAGUGAAAAGCUCCAGUUUGUUAAGUGGAUUCAGAGGAAGUUCCAGUUACAAUCAUGAGACUGAAACUAUCUUUGCAUUACCAAGAAUGCAGCUGGACUUCAAAUCCAUUCAUGUUCAGCAGCCACAAGAACCUGUAUUACAAGAUGCCAGUGCUAAGCCAAAAGUGGAAUGCAGUGUAGUAACAGAAUUCACUGAUCACAUUUGUGUAACUAUGGAUGCUGAGCUGAUAAUGUUCCUGCAUGAUCUAGUGUCUGCUUAUCUUAAAGAAAAGGAGAAAGCCAUCUUUCCACCACGCAUUCUGUCUAGUCGCCCAGGUCAGAAAAGCCCUGUCAGCGUACUUGAUGAAAGUUCAGCUGAAAGAGGAUUAGAAGAAAGUAUUACCUAUACUACUGUUGAUUGGAGAGAAUUUAUCUGUAAUACAUGGCAUCUGGAACCCACACUGAGAUUAAUUUCUUGGACUGGAAGAAAGAUUGAUCCAGUAGGUGUUGAUUAUAUACUUCAGAAGCUAGGCUUCCAUCAUGCAAGGACUACUAUUCCUAAAUGGCUUCAACGUGGAGUCAUGGAUCCAUUGGACAAAGUUUUGUCAGUUCUUAUCAAAAAGCUUGGCACUGCACUACAGGAUGAAAAAGAAAAGAAAGGAAAAGACAAGGAAGAUCACUGAACUAAUCCUAAAAUUAAUGUGACAAACACAGAUUUUAUAUUUUCUGUUUUACAUGUAUUCAGUUGUUUAAGCAUGAUUUAUACUGAAAGAACCUAACAGCUGUUUGCUACCAUAUUUAAAACUUGAUCAACAUUGUGAACAAUGGUUUACUCUGGUAUGUGAUGCCAUUUUGUAUUGUAUAGCAUUGCAUGACCGAUGUUUGUGAAGAAAACUAAAGCUGCUGUUUAGCAUUUACAAUUGUAUUAUGUGCAAUAUUCUUCAUCUCUAAGCUACAGAUUAACUGUGAAUUUUCUAAAUUUUUAUUUGCCAUAACACUGAAAAACUUUUUGGAUAAUGUGAUUCCCUGAAUGGCUUUUUCUUGUCCACAUAGUUUGUAUAUAUUCUAUAUGUAUAUAAUUUAUGGACUGUGAUUGUGAUAGUGCUAAAUCAUUUUAAGUUUGUUACAUUCAGAAUAAAAGUUAAUGUCAAGUGUA